UGGUUUGUCAGUUCUAGAUGAAAUGAUCUUGUUCUGUGCAUCUGGACUAAGUCUGUGUUCAAGUGUGAGUGUUAAUAGUUAUUUAAUAUUAAUCAGGUCCUCCAGAGAAGCCCCCGAUGCCUCCUCCUGUUGCACAGCCUCGGCCCACAGCUGAGCUGGAUCGAUCCAGUGAUCAGGUUUACACUGGUGUCAUGGCGAUGAUCAGACAAGUGGUCCAGCUGAAGAAUGAAGUCAACACUCUGCCUCUGUCUGAGUAUCCCAAUGCUGUCAAAGUGGUGGGCGUCACUCUCUGCAGCCCGAUUCAAAGUGUGGACCAGAUCCUGCCGUCCCUGCACAGCUCUGUCACCACAGAGGUGAGAUGUCACUUUCUUUGGUUUGACUUCUGGACAUUUAGAUCCAGACGACACAUUAUUUCAUCUGCAGAUCUAAAGGGUUUCAUCAAGUCUGUUGUUUGCAUUACAAGGUUUUUAAAGACCUUUUACUGGUCUGGAGGAAUCCUGGAAAAGUCAUGUUGUCCAGGAGAAGGAUUCUGUGUUUCAUGGACUUGACUCUGAGUGACAUAUU